CCCUGAUGACGCCACCCCGGAAGUGCUCUCUAGGCCGGGACUAGAAAGUCUCGGCUGCUUCCUUUCGAGAGCAUAUCUUGUGAGGGCGGCCGUCCGACGUCCUGUUUUUUCUUACUGUCUCUUCUGAGCCUCUCGACCCGCGUAGCGAGGACACAUCGCCAGUACCAUGGGGGGCGGGGACUUGAACUUGAAGAAGAGCUGGCACCCACAGACCCUGCGCAAUGUGGAGAAGGUGUGGAAGGCCGAGCAGAAGCAUGAGGCCGAGCGGAAGAAGAUCGAGGAGCUGCAGCGCGAGCUGCGGGAGGAGCGGGCCCGGGAGGAGAUGCAGCGCUAUGCGGAGGACGUGGGUGCUGUCAAGAAGAAAGAGGAGAAGCUGGACUGGAUGUACCAGGGGCCUGGUGGGAUGGUGAACCGCGACGAGUACCUGCUGGGCCGCCCCAUUGACAAGUACGUGUUCGAGAAGAUGGAGGAGAAGGAGGCUGGCUGCUCCUCUGAGACCGGGCUCCUCCCGGGCUCCAUCUUUGCCCCAGCAGGGGCCAACUCGCUGCUGGACAUGGCCAGCAAAAUCCGCGAGGACCCGCUCUUCAUCAUCAGGAAGAAAGAGGAGGAAAAAAAACGGGAGGUAUUGAAUAAUCCUGUGAAAAUGAAGAAAAUCAAGGAACUGUUGCAAAUGAGUCUGGAAAAAAAGGAGAAAAAGAAAAAGAAGGAGAAGAGAAAGAAGCACAAGAAACACAAGCAUAGGAGCUCGAGCAGCAACCGGUCCAGCAGCGAGGAUGAGCCCCGCCGGGGGAGGUCUCAGAAGAAGGGGAUGGAUUCCUUUCCGGUGUUGUCCAAAGCCCCCGGCUAUGGCUUACAGGUCAGGGACUCUGCCCGGGACCCGGGGUCGCAAGGCCCUUGGAUGGCCGAGUCAAAGGGCAUGUCCAGGCCAAAUGACCGGUCCAGAUCUGCAAGCUCCUCCCACUCCCCACCGAGACACACCAGCAAAAGGAGCCCCAGGGAUAGGAGGUCUCGGUCCCCACAGCGGCGCAGCAGAGCGCACAACGGCAAGGAUGGUCGCAGGGAGCGAGCCCCGACCCGGAGCCCAUCCCCAUCCCCAAAGAAGGAGGCCUUCCAACAGCGGCGUGUGCCCGGUUACACCAGAAAACUCUCGGCAGAGGAGCUGGAGCAGAAACGGCAGGAGAUGCUGGAGAACGCGCGCUGGCGGGAGGAGGAGCGGCUGAGCACCCUCCAGAGGCAUGCGCGGGAGGACGAGCGCGAGCGCCGGCUGGAGCAGCUGGACGCCCGAGAUGGCAGGUUCAUCCACCGCAUGAAGCUGGAGAGCGCGUCCACAUCCUCCCUCGAGGACCGCGUGAAGCGCAACAUCCACUCCCUGCAGCGGACCUCUGUGGCCCUGGAGAGGAACUUCAUGCGGAGGUGAACCCUGCCGCCCGCUGUGCCCGAGUGAGCGCCAGCCCCUCUGCGAUCCUCUUCAUAGGAGUGAAGUGACUGCUUCCACAGACAUCAAACCAGCACUGUUCAGAGUGACCCUGUCCCCUUUGUGAGCCCCAGUGGCGCCCUGAGGGGACCCACACGCACCCGGCCAGGGGCUCAGGCUGAGACUGUUCUCCUGGGCAGCACGGCGAGGGCCCAGGUGCGGAUCUCCACGGCGCUUCUACACUGGGUCCACUGCCGCAGUGCAGCCUGGACCUGCCGGAGACCUCUCUCAGUCACCGGGUGGGGCGCGCUUGCGGGGACUCACGCGGAUGACGUGACAGAACGCCGCCGGCACAGGGCAGAGCCAGGAGGGACGGAACCGGGGAGAGAAGACGGCACAGGAAGCCCUGAGUGCGCCCCUGCUGGAACUGGAAAGGCAGGCUGUGCGUGUGUACAGAUGUAGCACUCUACCAACAAGCAGGCUGGGUGACAGUGCCUUGUUUGGUGAGUGUUGUGUGCAAACCACCCUGAAACUUGUUAGGGACACAGCAAGGCUCAUUUUUCAGCAUAAAUCCGGCGGCUAGGGGGGCCGGGUUUCCUGAUGGGAAGGAUGGCUUCCUCUCCUGUCCCACAGGGGUGGUGCGGACACAGGACUGUAGGGGUCAAGACCACACUGCCCGUGCGCCUGCCUCCGGCUCCUCAGAGUAAAGACAGUGGAAGCGGUUGUAUCAUGCCUUCUUUUUAAAUCAUGUAGUAAUCUUACUGUUGUUCUUGGUUUUGGGGAAGAGUUUACUACUACAGUAUUUUUUAGUCAGAUGUUAAAAAAACAGUACCAAAAGUCUCAAGGGGCAAGCUGGCCAUAGUGGCACACGGCUAUCAUCCCAGCACUAGGGAGGCUGAGACAGGAUUGCUGUGAGUUCGAGGCCAGCCUGGGCUGCACAGCCGAGACCCUGGCUCCCAACAAAUCUCCAGGGGCUUUUCGUUUUUGUGUGUGUGUGUGCUUCCGUCUGCGCUGGGCACACCGUUCGCUGGCCGCGCUCCGCAGUCUGGACGGGCACGUUAGCCGGGCUCGCCUUGCCCCGCUCCCGCUGCGCUUCGGGAGUAUCGGGAUUUUCAUUUUUCAACACUCGUGAUGCUUAAAACCCACUUCAUCCCCAGAGACAAUGUAACAUGCUCUUGUUACUCAUUUCAUCGCCUCAUCCUGCUGCUGAUGCUACGGCUAAUUAUGCUUUUUAUUUUAUUACUCGGUAAUAAAGGCCACAUUUAUUUUUGUAACUGU